AUGUCGACGAUACCUGAGAUCCUCUCCAUCGCAGUCUCGUGCUCGCAUAUCGAUUUUAGUGUUUCUUUGAUCUCACGUCCUCAUAUUCGUCCAAUCUACGGUGGAAACAAAACACGCGCAUUGUACAAGUUGUGGAUUCUCUUCUACCACCUGGCAUUUUCCAAACAACUACCUGAAAUGGACGUUGCGAUUUCCGAAGGGAUCGCAAAGAUUCUCGCCCUACGCGAUCUACGAGGCGACUUUUGCGUGUUAUGGUUUUUGCGAACUGCAGAACUCGUUUUCGAGAUGGCCACACAGAAACUCGCUGCACUUUUCUUGAAAGCCAUAUUGCACACCUGGACACAACACUUCAGGCUUCAAACUUCAAGUCCUCUCCCCUAA